CCCGCGCUGACGGGAUCGCGGCGCGACGGCGGCGCCACUUCCUGCCGGCGGGGCAGGGCGGGGGCCAUGGCCGCGCAGGACGUGCUCAGCCAGACCACCCGGCUGGCCUCCUCCAGCGCCUUGCUGCAGGUGCUGUUCCGGCUGGUCACCUUCGGGCUGAACGCCUUCACUCUGCGCUACCUCUCCAGAGAGCUCCUCGGCGUGGUCAACGUGAGGUUAACUCUACUGUAUUCAACAGUUGUCUUCCUAGCCAGGGAGGCAUUUCGCAGAGCUUGUUUGAGUGGAAGUACAAAGAGAAACUGGACCAAAACAAUUAAUCUACUGUGGCUGACAGUCCCUCUUGGUGUGUUUUGGUCUAUUUUCUUGGGCUUAGUCUGGCUACACUUGCUUGAAGUACCUGAUCCUUCUGUGGUUCCUCAUUAUCAGGCUGGUGUAGUGGCAUUUGGUCUUUCUGCAAUUAUCGAGCUUCUGGGAGAACCAUUCUGGGUUUUAGCACAAGCUCAUUUGUUUGUGAGACUUAAGGUAAUUGCUGAAAGCCUUUCAGUAGUGUCAAAAUGCAUUUUGACGGUUAUUUUAGUAGUUCUUUAUCCUCAAUGGGGCCUCUACAUUUUUUCCUUGUCUCAGCUUUUAUACGUCAGUGUUCUGGUGAUGAGCUAUGUAAUUUAUUUUGUGAUGUUUUUGGGGUCUCCUGAAGCAACAAAGAAGUCAUUUCCAGUUGCAAGAAUGAAAGCUCUCUUACCUAACUUGGUGGAAGAUGAGACCUUUGUCAACUGGAAGGAAGCACGGUUGACUUGGAGUUUCUUCAAACAAUCCUUCUUGAAACAGAUUUUGACAGAGGGUGAACGAUAUGUGAUGACUUUUUUGAACGUGUUAAAUUUUGGAGAUCAGGGUGUAUAUGAUAUCGUGAAUAAUCUUGGUUCACUGGUGGCCAGGUUUAUCUUUUUGCCUAUUGAGGAGAGUUUUUAUGUCUUUUUUGCUAAAGUGUUGGAAAGAGGGAAGAAUGUAAAGGAUCAGAAGCAGGAUGAUGUUGCUAUGGCUGCAAAUGUAUUAGAAUUGCUGUUGAAACUUGUGCUUCUGAUUGGCCUUACCAUCACGGUUUUUGGCUAUGCCUAUUCUCAGCUGGCUCUGGAUAUUUAUGGAGGCUCAAUGCUCAGUUCUGGAACAGGUCCAGAUCUCCUCCGAUGUUACUCUCUAUAUGUGCUAUUUCUUGCUAUUAAUGGAGUAACAGAAUGUUUUACGUUUGCCUUGAUGUGCAAAGAAGAGGUAGACAGGUACAAUUUUGUUAUGCUGGCCUUGUCCUUCACGUUUCUGUGCAUCUCUUAUUUCUUGACCCACUGGUAUGGCAGUGUAGGCUUUAUCCUUGCCAACUGCUUUAACAUGGGCAUUCGAAUAGCUCACAGCAUCCACUAUAUCUAUGAUUACUUCAAAGACAGCACUUACAGACCUUUGACAGGCUUGCUUCCCUCACCAUUUUUGGUACUGGUUUAUGUCAUAAGUGGAGUAAUCACUGGUUUCUCAGAGGUAUUCUUCUGCUGCGAUAAGGGCUGGAUGGCAAGGCUGCUUCACAUCAGUGUGGGGGCUCUAUGCUUUGCAGCAACCAUCGUUACUAUGUUCUGCACAGAGACCAAGCUGAUCCACUUUGUCAGAAGCCAGUUCCUCUCCCGUUAUAUGAAGAAAGGAACAUGAAAUGCUCAUGUGCAGAACAGUUCUAGUACAUGCUUGCAGUAAAGGGCUGUGUUUUUUGCAUAAGAUCCGUAUGCAAAAAAGUUUCCACAUGUGUUUAUUGGAAGCAUUGAUAUGGAGUGGCAAUGUAAGAUUGCCAUCUGAGCGUUAUUUUGUCUUCUCAGCUGGCCAGUACAGUGAAAGAGAGCCGAGUAAUUUUGUUCUUAUGCAUCAUUCUUUUCUAAGCUUUCCUUCAAGCAGCCUCUUUGGUAAUGAAUGAAGAUCUAAGAUACACCCUUCUUGACAUAACCUGGUUGACAGACUUCAUGGAGAGAGCUCCCACUCUUACCAAUGGGGAGUACAUGUAUGAAGGCUGCACACAGCUUACAUCUUGAGAUGUAAUUAAGGGUGCCCUUAUUUGGCAUGGUGGGCUGCUUAACUGGUUGGAAAAUAAACGGUCUGACAAAAAAACCCAAAACCCAUAAAAAUAAAAGAAAAGCUGAAGACACUAGGACAAGGACCAAUAGCAACGUUACUGUUGCUGAAGUAGAACAUAAUGUGGUGCAGAGAGAUUGCGUUGUCAGUGUUUUGAAGUGUAGAACAGAAACUUCUGAAAUUUACAAGCAAAUUAAUGGCACGCGCAGUGUGUGUCCAUGCUAGCUAUGUCAGAUUAUUUAAUUCAGCGUACCAUUCUUUGAUGAGGGUAUUGAUUAACUUGUCAAAAAUACUCUGAAGCCUUAGCUAAAGGAAAAAAAAAGGGGCUUGAGCAGUAUUUACAGGUGUUAAGUACAAUCUGAAAGCUGUAAGCUGAAGUUCCAAAGGUUAAUCAUAAAACUUCUUUCUUUCGCUCUGUUGGGUUUUUUUUGUCUGAGAUUUUAAAUGCCAAAAUGAAAAAUUUCUCUCAAUAAACAUUAU